AUGAUCAACGUGACCAACACCACACAGGAUGCAUCCAUCCAUCCUCCUCCCCCUAUCUCCCCCAAUCUUUUGAUUGAUGGGCCCGAUGGAGUAGAUCCACGGGUCAAACAUGGUCUAUCGAGCAAGUCCACAAGCGCGCGUGUAGCGUGUGAGCCCGUUGUCCGUAUUCCUGUGUAUUACUGGUUGCUUUCUGUCGUCUCUUCUGGUGGGCGCGGCUGGUACCAUCUUUUUUGGUCUGUUGCUUCCGCCAGUGGGACUUUUCUGCCAGUGGGUUUGUUGCUUCCCACUGGUAGGCCCUUUCCUCCUACCAGUGGACCUGUUAUCUCUCGCCAGUGGACCUUUUCAUAUAGCCGUCGGUUGCCGGUUGCCGGUUGCCAGUUGCCAGCCGCCUGUUUUACUUCCACUGGCGGGUCCAUUUAUCUCACUGGUAGGAGACAUUUAUCCCACUGGUCGGACAUUUGCUUCCUGUUGCUUCCUGUUGCUUCUGCCGGGGAACCCGAUGGUUCCAUUUCUGCCGCAAAAUUGUCGGCUAUGUUGUGUCCUCAAGACACCUCGUCGAAAGCCGAUAAGGCUCACCAGAAGCCCAACAUGGGCGCCUGCAAAAAGGCCACAUCAGCCCAUAAGAGAGGCCAAAGUAUGCGCCAGAGCAAAGACCAAUCCGGCCCACAAGAGAGGCCAAUGCUCCAAGUGCGCACCAGAGAAAGGGCAAACCAGCCCACAAGAAAGGCCAAAGACAAACCGGUCCGCAAGAAAGGCCAAAGUAGGCGCCAGAGCAAACAUCAAUCCGGCCUACAAGAAAGGCUAAUUAGAGGCGCAUUUCUAUCAAAGUCCAAAAUCUGGGUUGUACCUCCAAGUCUCAAGGCCAAGUCGAUUUCCAAGAAGGGGUCCAAUGCAAAUCCUCCUCUCCAAAAGGAUCAAAAGAAAUCCGAACUCGAGGCAUAUACUAAGUCCUCCACUCCUAAAGGAUCAAAUCCAAAAACCGAGGCGUAG